GUAUGAUGUUAGACCUCAGACGGCUCAAAUAAGAGUUGUUGUGUGAGCCUGUGAGGAGAGAAGGAAAAUAUGCUUUAUUGUGUGACCGGAGGAACUGGCUUCAUAGCCGGUUAUUUGAUUAAGGCUCUCCUUCAACAAGGUCAUACUGUUCGUGCCACUGUCCGAGAUCCUCAUAAUCUGGAAAAGGUUGGAUUUUUGUGGGAACUUGAAGGAGCCAAGGAACGAUUGUCUCUAUACAAAGCUGAUUUGUUGGUCGAUGGUAGCUUUGAUGACUGCAUUAAUGGAGUUGAUGGAGUUUUCCACACCGCUUGCACUGUCUUUCUGCCUCAUGGCUCCCAGGAUUUUCAUGGUCUGAUAGUUGAUCCUUGUAUAAAUGGGACCAAAAAUGUCUUGAAUUCAUGCAUAAAGGCAAAAUCUGUAAAGAGGAUUGUGCUCACUUCAUCCUGCUCUGCCGUACGGUAUCGAGAUGAUGUCCAGCAAGUGUCUCCCCUAAAUGAAUCACAUUGGAGUGAUCCAGAGUACUGCAAGCGCUACAGUCUAUGGUAUCCAUACGCGAAGACUUUAGGAGAGAAGACAGCAUGGGAGGUAGCUGAAGAAAAUGGUCUUGAUUUAGUGGUUGUUAAUCCAUCGUUUGUGGUUGGUCCGUUGCUUAGUCCACAUCCAACAAGCACACUGGAAUUUUUACUUUCACUUACUAAAGGUGCUCUAGGAGAGUAUCCCAACCAGGUUAUCGGGUUUGUUCACAUAGAUGAUGUAGUCACUGCUCACAUUUUAGCAAUGGAGGAAGAAAAAGCGUCUGGAAGGUUAAUUUGUUCAAGCUCAGUCCAUCACUGGUCAGAUAUCAUGAAGAUGCUCAAGGAGAAGUAUCCGAUGUAUCCGUUCGAAAGCAAGAUGAGCAGUAGGGUAGGAGACAACAACCCACAUAGCAUGGACAGUAGCAAGAUAAUGCUGCUAGGAUUCUCUGGUUUUAAAAAUAUCUCACAAAUGUUUGAUGAUUGCAUCAAGAGCUUCCAAGAUAAAGGAUGUUUGUAAUGUACUUCUAUGUGGAUCUGCCUUCAUUCGGAGGUUGAAAUCCUGUUGAAUAAUUUUACGAUAUUCACAAAUUCUUGUAUGAGACGGUCUUACCGUGAAGCAUGCCACAUACUUGGUUAAAUAGCCCAAUAGGAGAAACUUUUAACUUAUGGAUUUUUUAUUUUGAGGUUGUCUCACCGUGACACGGUCUCAUACAAGAAGGGCUGUAAUGAACUGUAUUAAAAUAACUUAUUAAAUCAUGUGUAUUUUUUAUUUAUGUGAAAUUGUAUAUGAUGUUCGUACUAAGAGUUUAAAAAUUGGACCACAUGAAGAUGACAGUUUUCUUUUUAUUUUUCCAUGAUAAAAUGAUAUGGAGAAGUUCAAUUCUUUUGACGUAACCAAAUUCAGACCUUGUUGUAAUAAUCAAUUCUCUUGACGUAGAAGGUGUCAAGGAUGUUUCAUUUCAUUGGUAGAGUUCAACUCGGGAUAAACACCAAUAGUAUUUGAUUGGACGAAAAACAUUUUACUUGAAAAACAAUUUUUCCAUAAAACUAUUUUCUAAUGAAUAUGCAAAUGAUAAUUAAUUUUCUUUGGUUUGAUUUAACGGAAAAGUGAAGAAAAUUUAUUUUCUCCUAAUUUUAGAGAAAUAUGUACUUUAAUUUUUCAUUUGAAAUAUCGUUUUCAAACUGAACAAACAAAUCAAAAAAUGAAAAAUUAGUUUUUCUGAAGAAUAUUUUCCCCUAAACACAAGAAAUCUGGUAAGAGCCU